AGCGGCGGAAGCGGAGUCCACAUCCAAGAUGUCUGCUGAUUUUUACUGUGUCUGAACAAACUCAAGACUCGUGGAGAAUGGCCGAGGGUGGAAUCGACGAGUUAUCGCAGCUUGAGUAUUUGUCUUUGGUGUCUAAGGUCUGCACGGAGCUCGACAACCAUCUGGGAAUAAGCGAUAAAGAUUUAGCUGAAUUUGUCAUCAACCUCGCUGAAAAACAACCGACGUUCGAUGCAUUCAAGGCUGUUCUGCUCCAAAAUGGAGCCGAAUUCACUGAUUCCCUCAUUGGUAAUUUGCUCAGGCUCAUUCAGACUAUGCGACCUGCGUCUAAGGCGUCUACAAGCAAAGCCUCUGAAGGUUUGGUCAAACCAAAGUCAGAAAAGGAAAAGUUGAAGGAGAUGUUUCCUGCACUGUGUAGAGCAAAUGAUCCAGCACCAAAGAGGCUCUUAGAUGAAGAUGAUGUUAAAGUCGCAGCUGAUGCAAUGAAGGAGCUUGAAAUGUUUAUGCCCAGUGUCAGUGGGACAGAGUCCAAAGGCAGCAAGAGCAGGUCAGAAAAGAGCAGACAUCACAGUCGAAGCAGAAGCAGAGAAAGAGACAGACACCGUGAAAGAGAUCGGGAGAAGGACAGGAAAAGGAGACACCGUUCUCGAUCACGCUCCAGAUCCAGAUCUCGUUCCAGAGACCGCGAUCGUCACAGGGACAGAGAGCGAGAUCGUGGCAAAAGAAGAGACAAAUCCUCUCGGUGGACUGACCGCUCACCUAGCCCUAGAAAAGACCAAGACAGAGACUCUGACCGCUGGAAGGACAAACAUGUGGACCGGCCUCCACCGGAGGAGCCUUCAGUUGGUGACAUAUACAAUGGCAAAGUCACCAGCAUCAUGCAGUUUGGAUGCUUUGUUCAGCUGGAAGGAUUGAGGAAACGAUGGGAGGGUUUGGUCCACAUUUCUGAGUUGCGCAGAGAGGGACGUGUGGCCAACGUGGCUGAUGUUGUCAGCAAAGGUCAAAGAGUCAAAGUCAAGGUGCUCUCGUUCACUGGCUCCAAGACCAGCCUCAGCAUGAAGGAUGUAGACCAGGAGACAGGUGAGGAUCUGAACCCCAACAGGAGAAGGAACGUUGGCCCUGAUGGAGGUGAGGAGAUCUCCAUGAGGAACCCCGACCGGCCAAGCAACCUGAAUCUCGGCCACGCCCCUGAGCUCGAUCAGGACGACACCCUGGAGCGCAAGAGGCUCACCAAGAUAUCUGACCCAGAGAAGUGGGAGAUAAAACAGAUGAUUGCUGCCAACGUCUUAUCCAAAGAAGAGUUCCCGGAUUUUGAUGACGAGACAGGAAUACUUCCUAAAGUUGACGAUGAAGAAGAUGAGGACUUAGAAAUUGAACUAGUUGAAGAGGAGCCCCCAUUUCUGAGGGGACAUACUAAACAAAGCAUGGACAUGAGCCCCGUCAAGAUUGUCAAGAAUCCAGAUGGCUCGCUGUCCCAGGCCGCCAUGAUGCAGAGCGCCCUCGCUAAGGAGCGACGAGAGGUGAAGCAAGCUGCACGAGAGGCAGAGAUGGACUCCAUCCCAAUGGGGCUGAAUAAACACUGGGUGGACCCGCUGCCAGACGCUGACGGCAGGCAGAUUGCAGCCAACAUGAGAGGCAUUGGCAUGAUGCCCAACGACAUCCCAGAGUGGAAGAAGCAUGCGUUUGGGGGCAACAAGGCCUCGUAUGGAAAGAAGACCCAGCUCUCUAUUCUGGAGCAGAGAGAGAGCCUGCCCAUCUACAAGCUCAAGGAGCAACUCAUUCAGGCUGUUCACGAUAACCAGAUUUUGAUUGUGAUUGGAGAGACGGGGUCUGGUAAGACUACUCAGAUCACUCAGUACCUGGCAGAGGCAGGCUACACCACCAGGGGGAAGAUCGGUUGUACGCAACCCCGUCGUGUGGCUGCCAUGUCGGUGGCCAAGAGAGUCUCUGAGGAGUAUGGUUGUUGUCUGGGACAAGAGGUCGGUUACACCAUUCGUUUUGAGGACUGCACGAGCCCAGAGACCGUGAUCAAGUACAUGACUGACGGUAUGCUGCUGAGAGAAUGUUUAAUCGACUCUGAACUGGGCCAGUAUGCCAUCAUCAUGCUGGACGAAGCCCACGAGAGGACGAUCCACACAGACGUUCUCUUUGGUUUGCUCAAGAAGACCGUACAGAAACGCACAGAUAUGAAGCUGAUUGUAACGUCAGCUACGCUUGACGCCGUGAAGUUCUCCCAGUAUUUCUACGAGGCACCCAUUUUCACUAUCCCUGGAAGAACAUAUCCUGUAGAGGUUCUUUACACCAAAGAGCCUGAGACGGACUACCUCGACGCCAGCCUCAUCACAGUCAUGCAGAUCCAUCUGACCGAACCUCCAGGUGACAUCCUGGUGUUUCUGACUGGGCAGGAAGAGAUUGACACCGCCUGUGAGAUCCUGUAUGAGAGAAUGAAGUCCCUGGGGCCUGAUGUUCCUGAACUCAUUAUUCUGCCCGUUUAUUCUGCCCUGCCCAGUGAGAUGCAGACAAGGAUCUUUGACCCUGCGCCUCCAGGCAGCAGGAAGGUCGUGAUUGCUACAAACAUUGCUGAAACGUCUCUGACGAUUGAUGGAAUCUACUAUGUGGUGGACCCCGGGUUUGUGAAGCAAAAAGUUUACAACUCCAAGACUGGUAUCGACCAACUGGUGGUGACUCCAAUCUCACAGGCUCAGGCCAAGCAGAGAGCAGGUCGAGCCGGAAGGACGGGGCCAGGGAAGUGUUACAGGCUCUACACCGAGAGAGCCUACAGAGACGAGAUGCUGACGACCAACGUACCCGAGAUCCAGAGAACCAAUUUGGCCAGCACAGUGCUCUCGCUGAAGGCAAUGGGCAUCAACGAUCUCCUGUCUUUUGACUUCAUGGAUGCACCUCCAAUGGAGACCCUGAUCACAGCCAUGGAGCAGCUGUACACUCUGGGUGCUCUGGAUGAUGAAGGCUUACUAACACGGCUUGGCAGAAGGAUGGCCGAGUUCCCUUUGGAGCCGAUGCUGUGUAAGAUGCUGAUCAUGUCCGUGCAUCUGGGCUGCAGUGAAGAAAUGCUCACCAUUGUGUCUAUGCUGUCUGUGCAGAACGUCUUUUAUAGGCCCAAGGAUAAGCAAGCUUUGGCCGACCAGAAAAAGGCAAAGUUUCACCAGCCUGAGGGAGAUCACCUGACUCUGCUGGCCGUCUACAACUCCUGGAAGAACAACAAGUUCUCCAACCCCUGGUGUUAUGAGAACUUCAUCCAGGCUCGGUCCCUUCGGAGAGCUCAGGACAUCCGCAAACAGAUGCUGGGCAUCAUGGACAGACAUAAACUGGAUGUGGUAUCGUGUGGCAAAGCCACAGUGCGAGUGCAAAAAGCCAUCUGCAGUGGCUUCUUCAGGAAUGCGGCCAAGAAGGAUCCUCAGGAGGGCUACAGAACCCUUAUCGACCAGCAAGUGGUUUACAUUCACCCGUCCAGUGCUCUGUUCAACCGGCAGCCUGAAUGGGUUGUGUACCAUGAGCUGGUGCUGACCACCAAAGAGUACAUGCGUGAGGUGACCACCAUUGACCCUCGCUGGCUGGUGGAGUUUGCACCAGCCUUCUUCAAAGUGUCUGACCCCACUCGCCUCAGCAAGCAGAAGAAACAGCAACGCCUCGAGCCUCUGUACAACCGUUACGAGGAACCCAACGCUUGGAGAAUCUCUCGUGCCUUCAGACGCCGCUGAUGGGACAAAUCCUUACUGCCCGUUCUGGUAU